GACUGAAAAAAUUAAAGCUUUCGAUGUCACCUGGCGGUCCUGCCGUGUGACGUCAUCGGAUUAUCCGACGCUGCUUUUGAUCCUUCAAACAUUUUUGACUUCGAACUUAAGCUUGGUAUAGACACCAUAUGCGGACGGGGGAGGUUGAACAUAGUCAGAGUAUUCUGAAAGUCCAUUAGCAAAGAGUGUGAGAUUGGUUAGCUGACGAAGUAGCAACUUUAUGCUACAAACAGCGACACGCUGACUGGCGUUUGGUCCAGUCUCGUUUGGCCAAGACUUAUCAGGUGGAAAACACCAGAUGUGUGUUGCUGUUUCCAAGUCUCAGGGGCGGGGGUGAGAGCGGGAGACGGUGACUGGGCUCAGUAUCUCUCCUCAUGAGGCAGCAGGAGCUGGACUGGCGUUGGCCCCCGGUGCCUCUCUCCAUCCUCCCGCUGGGCAACGCUGCUGCAACAAUGUCUCACCUGUGUGAGCGGCGGCAGACCUGAGAGGACGUCUGCGCUCCCUCUUCUGGAUGGGAAGUGAUUUUUGGGAGAAGAGACAGAAGACCGAAGGCAGGCGGGGAAGGGGACCCACUGGCGAGAGCCAAGCCCCCCUUCCACAGCGAGACCGGAGACGACGGAGGCCACUGGAGUAUUUGCUUUUCUCUUUCGUUUUUUGUUCUUUUUUUUCCUCAUCGCGCUGCUGGGGGGGGCGCUGCCGUGUCCCCUGCUGGCGCUGUCCCUCCUCUGUCUCCUCAUCUACUUCGCCAUCUACCUGCUCAACAAUUUCUGCUGCUUGUGAGCCAGCCGACUCUCAGACUCCUGUUUUUGAACCCCUAUUCAUUCUCGUUUUUUAUCCUGGCGCUGCCCACGCCGCCUCCUCCCUCCCCUCGCCGGUCCCCCCUCCACUCCGCUCACUGUCCACCAGCAACUUUGGCCACUUUUGAACCCCAAAAUAUUUGAUUUGGUUUCCAUCCCCCCCCCUCCCUUCUCCCUCUGCCAUCCUAUGCAUCUCUGGGCGAGCCCUCGCUCUCAUAGGAGAUUAAACGCCUCUCCUGUUCAGAGGAUGGAGCCCUUCGCCAUCAGGACCUUCUGGAUUUAGCUCUUUUCCUGUGGAAUUACUCUUUCACUCCUGGAAGUUCGCUCCCAUCGCUUUUUUCUUGCUUGUGAUGGACGGAGCCGUCACUGAGGGUUUUCUGUCCCGCCGCUGAAGCUCAGCAGGAUUUGGCUCUCACGUGGAUUAAGGGCUCGUUCAGUCCAUGUAACGCCGGCGAUUCUGCCCAACUGGCUUGAGAAGGUUUUAACCGUCGAGCUGAUCCAAACUGGAAGACGUCUGUCAAACAAUCCAACUCUUCUCCAGAGGAGCGACGGGGGGCAGACCUGAAGACGAGCCAAUCACCCAGACACCCCCGCCGCACCCCCUUGACCCGUGGAGGAUUUCACUGAACGCUGCUUUGGGCCGCCCUCAGUCUGAGGCUAUGAGAGGGGGAGAGGAGUCCCACCCUGCACCAUCAUGCUACUACUGAGAUGUGGGGAUGAGACUUUGGCUGGCAGAACACAAGGUACUUCUCUCACACUCCAUCAUGCCUGCAAGCGGCCGUCGCAGCUCCUCUACUUGCUGCAGGGGAGUCUUGGGGUGCUCCUCCCCAUGGUCAGUCUCUCAGGACCAGAAGGUGACAGGUCCAGCUCCGGGCCGGCUCCUCACCUGCCUCUCGCUGCUCCUAUUUCUGCUCCUCUUGCCGCCCGCCUGUCAGUCCCGCAGAGAGAAAGGCGGCGGUGGUGGUGGCACUGGCUCUCACUACAUCCCCAUCCCUCAGCUGCCGCCGCACCACUUGGCGCUCCCCAACCUCCUGCGAGGGCUCAGCAUUGCAGUGGUCCUGGUGGGCAACUCUAGCGAGGUGGCCUUGGCCGGCGCCCGGGAGAGAGAAGAGUUCCUGCACACAGCACCGAAUGUGGAGGUGCUGACCAUGAACGAGACUGACCCCAAGAGCAUCAUCAAGAGCAUCUGCGACCUGAUGACCGACCACUGGCUGCAGGGGGUCGUGUUCGGGGACGACACUGACCAGGAGGCCAUCGCCCAGAUUCUUGACUUCAUCUCCGCCCAGACCCACAUCCCCAUCCUGGGAGUCCGUGGUGGCUCCUCCAUGAUCAUGGCCGCCAAGGAUGACAACUCCAUGUUCUUCCAGUUCGGCCCAUCCAUCGAGCAGCAGGCGUCUGUCAUGCUCAACAUCAUGGAGGAGUACGACUGGUACAUCUUCUCCAUCGUCACCACCUACUACCCCGGCUACCAGGACUUUGUCACCAAGAUCCGGAGCACCAUCGAGAACAGCUUCGUGGGCUGGGAGCUGGAGGAAGUCCUACUGCUGGACAUGUCGGUGGACGAUGGAGACUCGAAGAUUCAGAACCAGCUGAAGAAGCUCCAGAGUCCGGUCAUCCUCCUCUACUGCACGAAAGAAGAAGCCAACACCAUCUUCGAAGUGGCACACUCUGUCGGGAUCACCGGCUACGGCUACACGUGGAUCGUUCCAUCGCUGAUCGCGGGUGACACGGACGUGGUCCCGGCCGAGUUCCCGACAGGUCUUCUUUCUGUUUCCUACGACGAGUGGGACUACGGCCUGGACGCGCGAGUCCGUGACGGUGUGGCCAUCAUCACCAGAGCCACUUCCACCAUGAUGAUGGACCGCGGACCCCACACCUUGCUGAAGUCCGAGUGCCACGGCGCCCCGGACAAGAAGACCCCCAUCUCAGGCAACCCCAACGAAGUGCUCAGGUACCUGAUGAACGUGACCUUUGAGGGCCGAAACCUGUCGUUCAGUGAGGACGGGUACCAGAUGCACCCCAAGCUGGUCAUCAUCCUGCUCAACAAGGACCGGCAGUGGGACCGGGUAGGAAAAUGGGAGAACGGCUCCUUGUCCAUGAAGUACCACGUGUGGCCGCGGUACGAGCUGUACGGUGGCGCUGCCACGCGCGAGGACGACCACCUGUCCAUCGUCACGUUGGAGGAAGCGCCAUUUGUCAUCGUAGAAGAUGUCGACCCUCUGAGCGGAACCUGCAUGAGGAACACCGUGCCCUGCCGGAAACAGAUCAAGUCCUUGAAUCAGACAAAGGAGCCGGGCAUCUACAUCAAGCGCUGCUGUAAAGGCUUCUGCAUCGACAUCCUGAAGAAGAUUGCCAAGUCGGUCAAGUUCACGUACGACUUGUACCUGGUCACCAACGGCAAGCACGGAAAGAAGAUCAACGGCACGUGGAACGGCAUGGUGGGAGAGGUGGUUCUGAAGAACGCUCACAUGGCAGUCGGAUCACUCACCAUCAACGAGGAGAGGUCGGAGGUCAUCGACUUCUCUGUUCCCUUCAUCGAGACGGGCAUCAGCGUCAUGGUCUCCCGCAGCAACGGAACCGUUUCCCCGUCUGCUUUUCUGGAGCCCUUCAGCGCGGACGUGUGGGUGAUGAUGUUCGUGAUGCUGCUGCUGGUGUCAGCAGUGGCCGUGUUCAUCUUCGAGUACUUCAGCCCGGUGGGCUACAACCGCUGUCUGGCUGACGGCAAAGAACCUCACGGCCCGUCCUUCACAAUCGGGAAGGCCAUCUGGCUGCUGUGGGGCCUGGUCUUCAACAACUCUGUGCCCGUGCAGAACCCCAAAGGUACCACCAGUAAGAUUAUGGUGUCGGUGUGGGCCUUCUUCGCCGUCAUCUUCCUCGCCUCCUACACUGCCAACCUGGCCGCCUUCAUGAUCCAGGAGGAGUACGUGGACCAGGUGUCCGGUCUCUCAGACAAGAAGUUCCAGAGUCCAAAUGACUUCUCUCCUCCGUUCCGGUUUGGGACCGUCCCCAACGGCAGCACCGAGAGGAACAUCAGGAACAACUACCCGGAGAUGCACUCCUACAUGACCAAGUUCCACCAGAGGAACGUCAACGAGGCUCUACAGAGCCUGAAGGCCGGGAAGCUGGACGCGUUCAUCUACGACGCCGCCGUGCUGAACUACAUGGCGGGUAGAGACGAGGGCUGCAAGCUGGUGACCAUUGGCAGCGGCUACAUCUUCGCCACCACCGGCUACGGCAUCGCCAUCCAGAAGGAGUCGCUGUGGAAGAGGCACGUGGACCUCGCCAUCCUGCAGCUCUUUGGAGACGGCGAGAUGGAGGAGCUGGAGUCCCUAUGGCUCACUGGCAUCUGCCACCACGAGAAGAAUGAGGUGAUGUCCAGCCAGCUGGACGUGGACAACAUGGCCGGGGUCUUCUACAUGCUGGGCGCCGCCAUGGCGCUCUCCCUCAUCACCUUCAUCUGCGAGCACUGGUUCUACUGGCAGCUGCGCUUCUGCUUCAUGGGCGUGUGCUCGGGUCAACCCGGCUUCGUGUUCUCCAUCAGCAGGGGCAUCUUCAGCUGCAUCCACGGUGUUCAGAUAGAAGAGAAAAGCAGCUCGGCGUUGAACUCGCCGUCUGGCACCAUGAACAACACACACUCUAACAUCAUGCGCCUACUACGCACAGCGAAGAACAUGGCCUCCCUGUCUGGGGUGAACGGCUCGCCACACAGCGCCUUGGACUUCAUCCGCAGAGAAUCUUCUGUGUACGACAUCUCAGAGCACAGACGCAGCCUGGCGGGACACUCGGACUGCAAGCCGCCCUACUUGCCUGAAGACAACAUGUUUAGCGACUACAUCAGCGAGGUGGAAAGGACGUUUGGAAACAUGCAUAUGAAGGACAGCAACCUGUAUCAGGAUCACUACCUGCACCAUCACGGGUCGCAACUGGGGCUCACUGGACCGCCUGCAAACAGGCCACACAGUUUAGGCAGCGCUAGCUCCCUGGAGGGUGGCAUGUUUGACUGUGACAGCUUGGGUGGAGGUGUAGCCCCCAUUUUCACCACGCAGCCAUGCUCUGCAUUGACCCACCGGAACAUGAGCAAGUUUGACCUGCUCUCUGGGCAAACGCCUCCCUCAGGACAGAGCUUCAAGGGGGCUUUGCCUGAUUUGUAUGGGAAGUUUUCUUUUAAAGGAGGUGCUUCAAGUUCCACGUACAUCCCGGGUCAUAUGUAUUGCGCAGGGAGAGAUGACGACGAUGGAAAUAUACGUUCCGACGUGUCCGACAUUUCGACGCACACGGUGACCUACGGGAACCUGGAGGGCAACGCUAAGAAACGUAAACAGUACCGAGAUAGCCUGAAAAAGAGGCCGGCCUCUGCCAAGUCCAGACGGGAGCUGGACGAAAUUGAGCUGGGCUACAGGAGGAAACCAUACCACAUCAGCCACCACCACUACCACAACCAACGCUCGGCCUCCCCUCCACUUCUGCCCUCCGAACGCAAGAGAGGAGGAGGUGGCGGAGGCAACAAUGAUGGAAACUCCUAUCUCUAUAGAGAAAAGGAGAGCGUAAGGGAUUUUUAUUUGGAUCAGUUCCGGCCAAAAGAGGGCGUCCCACAGUGGGAACACGUGGACCUGACAGAAGGACCGGGGAGUAGAGAUGGAGGAGUCCCAACCUGCACCUCUCUGGUUCCAGUAGAUGAUUUUCUGAAGAGUAAACCCAAAAAGUCUGACUCGAAGGGUGGAGUAGGAUCUGGGCUGGCAGGGGGUGAGUGGGAGUGCAGGAACUGUCGGGCAAGUGGAGGAGGUGGCAAGCAGAUGUCUAUGCAUGGAGGAGGGGGAUACGGUGGCAUGAGCUGCGGGUCGUCAGUCGGGGGAGGCAGCAGCCGCCCCAGCUCUGCAACCUGUAUGCGCUGCGAAAGCUGUAAAAAGACAGGAAACCUCUAUGAUAUCAGUGAGGACAACAACCACCUCUUGGAACAGAUGGGGGGAGGAAACGCUGGAGGGAUGGGCGCCAUUCCUCAGUCUCAAUCUCAGGCUCCGCAGAGGAGAAAGGGAGGAUUUGGCAAACCACUCCGCCGCCAACAUUCGUACGACGCAUUUGUAGACCUCCAGAAAGAAGAGUCAGGCGGAAUGGGCAGCUUGAUGGGAGGACUGAGUGGACUCGGAGGGAUGCCUGGCAUGGGAGGAAUGUUGCCCCCACCGAGGAGUGUCAGCUUGAAAGAGAAGGAACGCUACAUGGAAGGCACCAGCCCCUUUGCACACAUAUUUGAGCGUCACGGAGGAUCUGAGAGAGAACGCGAGAGAGACAGAGACCCACUGUUUUACGGAGGCGAGGGACGCAAGGGACCGGGCUCUCCUUUCGGCUUGUUCAGGGGAGGAGAUGGCCUCCACCGCCGCUCCAUCGGAGAGAGAGACAUGAGGGACAGGUCUUUAAUGGAAGGAGGGGGAGGGUCAGGCUUCUCGUUAUCCAAAUCGCUUUACCCAGACCGGGUAAACCAAAACCCCUUUAUACCCACCUUUGGAGACGACCAGUGUCUGAUGCACGGGGCGAAGGAUUACUACAUGAAAAAGCAACAGCAGCAGCAACAAGUUGCCAAAAACAGCCGAAGUGACUUUAGGGGCCAGAUGAGUGUUACUUCUUAUAUGCCAGCAUCUGCCUCACCGGGGGUCAUGUCCAACGUGGCACCUCGGUUCCCAAAAGAGCUCAGCCUCGGUGGCAUGAACCACCACGGCUCCAUGCUUGCGGUCGGCCCGCCACGUCCUUUCAACGGAAGCAAUGGCCAUGUGUACGAGAAGCUGUCCAGCAUCGAGUCGGACGUGUGAGACCCGGAGGGGUUUGGAGGCGUGUCGUGUCCUGAGAUCAGGGAUGACUUUUUAAGACGUUGUCCACACACACUGCGGCCCAUCGAGAGGCACAUACAAGGAGACUGGACAAAAAUCAGUGAUUGAUAUAAAAGUAUUUUUUUUGCCAGAGCAUUUUGUUACCUUCAGGACUCCCUGGAGAGGUGUUGGCGGCAGAGCCUCUCUCUGAAAUGGCCAAAGCAACUUUUAUGUCCAAAACAAUUAACAUCCCUCAGGCCACUUCACACUUGGUGAGGCGGAGGUCCAUGAACGCUUCAUCUCAGCGGGCCGUCGGAGGUCUGCUGGUAUUGGAGAGCCGUCUGAGAGCUCCUGCGACACGAUCAUUCGGAUGACUGUGACUUUAGCGGGAGGAGAGAGCUGUUCAUCACAGAACAAGACUUGGUCAGGUUUGUCAGACCUCUCCUGGCUCUGGCAUCUCAUCAACCCUCCUCUUCAACCCUGACGCCAAAAGAGCUGUUUGCUGUAAGAAAUACAAUCAUGAAUGAUAAUAAGAUAUUCUUCUAGAACAACAGGGUAUAAGAACAACAAUAAUACUAAUAACGUUGUGAAUAACAAAGAUGCUCCUUUUGUUUUGUGUUCUGUUUGUGCCGUGUUUCACGAACUUUUCUGUGACCUUAUCUUUUUCUGCCACUGGCAGCAGCGGGAACAUCGUUCUCAAUUUAACCGACGGGAGAGACUCAUCUUUUAUCUCAUGUUCUUGUUUCCUUAUGAGGAUGACCCAAUUUGUUUUAAUCGGAAGGAGUUCCAUCGAGAUGUAACGCGUUACUCGAGUUUUGUUGAUUUGAACUUACUGUGAACAUGUUUGAUCGGGAGAUGAGAGCUUGGACGUACUGAGAGGAAGGACGUGCCUUAAAGGUCUCCAGUGGAUGUGUCCUCUAGUAUGUCCCCCCCCCUCCCCACGUCAGCACCAGGACGGACAUUCAAGCUACUUGAUGUUCUCUUCACGUUUAUGAGCCAAAACUGCUGUAAGAUUUACAACCAUCCAGAGACACUUGUGCCGAUGGUUUCAAUACAAGGCGCCCGAGAUGUUUUAUAACUUGAUAAAUAAUUUCAUACCUUUGAGUAUGAGCGGCGCAAUGUGAACCAGGAGUAUUCAGGACGUCCCACUGUCACAGAGUGACCGAUGUGUCUCCCUCCACAGCACGGCAGCCUUUACUCUCGUAUUCAGGUUACAUAGAAACAUUCACCAGGCACUUACUUUUUUUGGCCUCUCACUAGUUUCUCGUAGAUGGCAUCGUGAUUCACCCCACUGAGGGCUGUUGCUGGUUUGUAGAGCUGGAACAAAUGCGCAGUGGAAGACUUGCGGCGGACAUUAGGAAGGCCGCUUUCUGCUUCUGAGGCAUCAAAAUGGCGGCUUUUUACUUUGACUGACUUACUUUUAUUAGCGGGAGAAGCCUCAUUAUUUUGCACAGGACCUUAAACUCCAUGUAGGUUCAGGCACUCAGUAGACAUGCCUUAUCAUCCCAUCACCCCUUCCCCGCCCCGGUAUUAGUGUACAGUGUAAAGAAGCUUCUUGAAAUCUUAGCUGGUGGCGUCGGAAGUUCAAGGGCUGAGGGAGGUUGUGCUUGAGUGUCAGCCGGAGAUUGGGGCCGCUGGAGUGUGAAGAGCGAAUCGCUGGUGACGGCAGACCUCUAUCUGGAACCCCGAUCUUAAUGGGACGCUUUAAAACCAGCGCGCGUCAGUUAAGGUUGGGUUAGGCUAACAUUGCGUGUCACUUUUGAAUAAUCACUUUUGGCUGCGUUCACAUGACUGUGUGGCACUUGAUUCUUGCUCUAAACAUGUCGUCUUUCGACCACUUGUUACGAACCAUUCAUCCAUGUUGUAGUUACCUCAAACAGAGUCUACAUAACGUCACAAUGCUCAUAUUUUCAGUCACAUUUGUCAAGCAUCUAGCAGCUGGUGUACAAGAAAAAUGAGUGACAGUAGGUUGCUCUAGGGCACCCUCUGGUGGACAUGUAAGUUACCACUGAUGUGAAUGUUAAUCACAAACACAGUAUUUGAAUUGUGUCGUGCCAGACUGUGAAACAGCUCUGGAUCCAACCAGAGUCCAAAUUUGACCCAAAUUCUGCUCAUUUUUUUACCUGUCAAAAGUCAACAAUCUCAGUGCAGUUUCUACACGUCGUCAUUGAAGAAAAUAAAUGAGUUAGAUCACUAAAUACGUUUCCUGAGGGUAGCAUUGGCAUGACAAUGUCAUCUGUCUGCGAGUUUCUCCCUGUACAAAGGUGGCAUUAAGUUGUGGGUUCAGUUGCUGUCAAUCGUUGGUGAGUCGAUCGUGUAUCGUGUGCCAGGUUAUGACUCUGUUUAGGAUGAACCCCUAGUUGUCUGCCUCAGUCAUGUGACCGCAGCCUCACUCCACUCACCUUUAUCUUUACGACUCCAGCUGACACCACUGUCAGAGCGAGACUGACUGAGUUCGCCUUAAAUCAAGCAGAUCGAAACAAACACCCCCCCCCACGUGCACACGCUGAACGUUCAGGUCAACCACCAUCAGGAGGCGGCGGCGGAGAGCGCGGAAGCCAGAGUCCGAUCCGUGUCGGCGUUCGUAAGUGAAGCCUUGUAAAUACAACCUUUUCACUUUGUACAGUUAACAGACAGACAGGAUGUAACUUUGGAUAUGUUUUACAGCAAUUUAAGAAAUAAACAAAACAAAAAGAAAAAAGUCAAAAAACACAAAAACACCGAAAAUAUGCAAAAUAUAGUUACGACACUGAUAUUACUAAUCAUAGGUGACAUAACUGAAACUCUUUACUUUCAUGUUUACUUGAUAGUUUACCAAUCGGUAUAUUGAUUAUGUUAAGCCUUUCUUUUCUUCACGCGGAGGACUUCAGGAUCAUUUAUGUAGAUGUAGACGUUUGGUGAGUUUGAUGGGGAAAGUUUAGUUCUUAGGAGUCUUUGCUCAGUUCCCUUGUGUUAGAGUCUUAAGAUAAGCUAGUACUCAUGCUUUUUUGAGAUCAACUAUCUACACAUUUAUGUCAUACAGUAUUCCAUGUAUACAUAGAUGAUAUUUGCAUAUAGAGGCAGUAUAUUGUGAUUCUUCAUUUGAACCCUCGUUGCGGAUAUAUUUGUGUUUUUGUCGCCCGCUCUUUGACCCGGGCUCUCACAGUGAUUGCACACAGAAUUCAGAGCCAUGGUCGGCCGGCCUUCCCUGCUCCCUCUCUGUAUUUGGGAAACACUGUGGUAAAGGAAGUUAUAGUCGUAACUCUGCGUGCGCGUCGACGUACCAGCGAACGCCGGCCUUUUCCGGCUCCUACCGCUGAGAGCGCUCAGCAGACAUGAAGAGUUGUUGUGAGAAGUUUGAAGCAACCCCUUAUGAGCAGGUAAACACUGUCAGGUCUCACGACUCCGCUGUUGCGAGACCAUGCUCACACUCAACUGUGCUACUUGACAGCUUUGGACUCUCAUUUAUUUGAGCCACUUUGUUUCUCAGUGUGAAGAUCACAUUUGUAAUUUGUUGUGUACAUACGGCGGUUCCGUGCGGUCGGGAAUCGUCCCCUCGCUCCGACUCCAAUAAUCUUCUCCUCCGUCAUCUGUUUUUGUCCCUCCUCCUAUACUGGUUCUGUCUAGUGGGUUGAUUGAAAAGUGAAAAAUGUGACCACGUGCACAUAAAUCCUGUUGCAUCUGCGUCGUCCUCCGUCACGCCCCCACAGUCAUCCCACUCAUUUGCAAUAAGCGGCGUCACCGAGCUAAAGAGCUCCGGCUGUACCAGCGUGUGGCGUGAUGGGAACUGGCCGUUUCUCUUGGAGGUUCUCCUGGUGAUGAACUUCCUCUCUCUGCAUGCUGGUUACAAGACUUGUCUGUGUGCAGGGCUGCCCAAUAUCACCCAAUCACCCGAGACCUGACCUGAAACCACCCCGAAACUUUAACCCAGAAGACACUUGACUCAAAAAACCUCAAAAUCUAACCUUGAUAACAGCUUCUGGGUUUGACUGAAGACCUAGUGUACCAGUACAGACCACAAAGGAACGACUCUCGAGCGCAAAGACUUGUGAGUGGACAUGAAGCAGACCCUCGAGUCUUGAUAUGUGUACUGCAUAUUGCUACUACUGCAAAGCUGAAGACAUGGAUGGCUUGGUUUUGUUGCACUUUUUCCUAUGAUACUGUGUUACGAACAGCAGACUUGUGGUCUGAGAGAGUAGUUACUGUUAGUUGCAGUACUGCGCGGUAUUAGACCCACUGAGCAAUCCACUCUUGAUUUAACAAACCAGUUGUUUCCAGUUCCGUCCACACAACACUGAAAAGUGAAGGAGGAGCGACUUAGGAACGGCUCCAAGACUGGGAGUCUACAGAGAGACAUUAGAUUUCCACCCCAGUACAGGCUGCAUCGCACCAGGCUUGCUGAAGAAUGGUUUCCACCCCACAACAGCAUGGUGUGAGUCGUUCCUCCCCAGCACAUGCCGAAGAGUGGUUUCUAGCCCGAGACACAGCAUUUCAAAUUCCAGGGUGAUGGCAAGCCAUAAUCAUGGAACGACCCUUGACCUUGACGGUGAACUUCCCCAGUCUCCACCGCGGCACAUGGACGUCAGGACUGCGACUGAACUGAGGAAAGACUCACACAUGACGUUGUUAUUGAGAUACUGUGCAGCCCUGCAGGCAGAGGAGGAACGCCGUCAUGAUCAAAUGGGACCAAACCUUGAUCCACAGCUGUCAAUCAUACAGAGCCGCCACGUGUGUUUUUGCAGAUGAGAACUAUACUGUGACAUUCUGGUUAAUUUGCCAAUCUGCUGCUUCUUGUUUUUUUACUACUGAUUUAAGAACUUUUGAGUGUUUGGUAUGAAUAUGCUUACUUUCUAUAUGAGCGUGAAUUUCUUUGCUGGCGAUACUUUACUCCAUCUUGUUGUGACGUGAGGGGUUGCUAUGGCGUGUUUUCCCAGAGACGUUUCUACACACUCUGGAGGCGGAAUCAAAUUGACUGUGUUUGGACAACAAUGUAACAUACAGGCAGGACGAGUGAACACGUUCUGGUGACGGCCAUCCUUUUCUCUUCUAGUGGCCCUUUUCUUUGAGAUAAUGCCAAAAUUUUUACACCGUAGGAACAGAAAACUCCUUCAAAUACGAAUAAUUGUACAGGUUGUGUAAAUAUUGAUUAUCGGGGAAAACAUUUACCUUCUUUUUUUCUAUGGAAACAAUCAAAGUAAUCUCAAUAGCUAAUAAAUCACAUGACAAAAUGGCAAAAAAAAAGAAAAAAACUCCAUCGUCAAAGUACUUCUAAUAAGGAUAAUACUGAUAUUAUAAGUGCUCAGAUAAGAUUCUUUCUCUUUGUACAUGAUGAACAAAAGUGUUGAGUAUUAAUAAUAAAAAUAAGUUUCACGCUGAGCCGUGUUUGGAUUGGCUUUUUCCCCUCUCUCACUCAGGCCAUAUGUGGACUCAGUGGUGGUCCGGUGGAGUCUUCCCCGCCACCUCCCCGAUGCUGCCGGGUGAAGUCCACAGUG